GGACGAUCUGAUGAGCAGGUGAUACAUAAUUAUAUAUAAAAGCCAACUACCCAGGUCUCUUCCAACUGUUCCUUACCUCUUCAAAGUCUUGUGAAAAAAGAAAAAAUGGGACUUCAGCUUCCAUGUCCAUUGCCUUGCCUCGCAGACAAUGAAUCUGAAUCUCACUCCAAUCACCUUAUUCACUCAGAGUCAUCAACCUCCUCUCUCUCUUCCCAACCAAGUCUCCCCUCUGUUCCUUCCCUUUCCACAUCAACUCAACAACCUACGACCACUGCCCACCACCUUUGCAUAGCCACCGUCAAAGGCAACUCCUCCUAUGUCUCCUCUCUCGCCGUCGCCGGAAAAUUCCUUUACACCGGCUCUUCCAACAGCGAGAUACGCUCAUGGAGCCGAGACAAUAUCAGUUCAACGGAUAACGUGGUGCCGGUGGUGGCUGUCAGCAACGGCGUCGUUAAGUCUCUCGUAGUUUUUGAGGAUAAGCUAUUCAGCGCUCAUCAAGACAACAAAAUCCGCGUGUGGAAGAUCGACGACGAUAAUCCACAACAGAAGUACAAAUUCAUAGCCGCGCUCCCCACGCUGAACGAUCGCUUCUCAAGGCUUUUCUCUGCCAAGAACUACGUGGAGGUGCGGCGGCACAAGAAGUGCACGUGGGUGCACCACGUGGAUAAUGUUUCGGCGCUCGCGAUAUCUCGAGACGGGUCUCUUCUCUACUCGGCUUCGUGGGAUAGGACGUUCAAGAUAUGGCGGACCUCCGAUUUCAAGUGCUUGGAGUCUGUAGGGAACGCGCACGACGAUGCAAUCAACGCAAUAGUAUUGUCGGAAGAUGGGUUUGUUUACACGGGAUCGGCGGAUAAGAAAAUCAAGGUGUGGAUUAAGGAGAAAGCGGCGGGGGGAGAAAAAAAAAAGCAUUCAGCGGUGGCUACGCUAGAGAAGCACAAGUCGGCGGUUAAUGCCCUGGCUCUAAGCGGCGAUGGGUGUGUUCUCUAUUCCGGUGCCUGUGAUCGAUCGAUUCUUGUGUGGGAGAGAGAUGGUGAUGGCGAUGGCGGUGGAGUACAUAUGGUGUUGGUGGGUGCGCUUAGGGGCCACAGCAAAGCGAUAUUGUGCUUGGCCGUGGUGGAGGAUUUGGUUUGCAGUGGGUCGGCUGACAAAACGGUUAGGAUAUGGAGGAGAGGGAUGGGGAAGAGCUAUUCUUGUUUGGGUGUGUUGGAAGGGCACCGACGCCCCGUUAAGUGUUUGGCUGCGGCGGUUGAUGGCAAUAGUAUUGAAGAUCCAAGUGGCUCUGAUUCUUGUACUUGUUUUCUGGUUUACAGUGGUAGUUUGGAUUGUGAUAUUAAGGUCUGGCGUGUAUGGGUUCCCUUUCUUUAUUAAUUAAUUAAUGC